AAAGUUUCUUCAGCUUUAUUUCCACUCAGGUCUGUAUGAGACUGAAGCAGAUGAUGACUGGAUCUCUACAGAAAUCACAUCAGUUUGACUCAUCUGAGAGGACACUACCGUAAAACAGGAGGAGUUUUCUGGAGCAACUCAGAAAUACGCAGAUAAAUUCAGUUGUUUUCUCAUGCGCUUUAUGAGCAGAUUUCUCAGUAUGGAUCGUGAGCGAUGUAAAAGAUCAGCGGUUCAGACCCUGAAAACUCAAGACAAAGUCAAACAGGAGGAAGCUGAAGUUCUCUAUAAUAAGUCAGUCUAUACACCCAGUGUGAUGUCCAGCAUUGGAAAGGAGAUGUAUUAUUUUGCCGGUCAUGAGAUCAAGAUCUGGGAAUCUCUGGAUUCGUUCGGCUCCGUCAUCUGGCCGGCAGCUCUGGCUCUGUGUCGAUAUCUCGAGUCGAAUCGAGAGACGGUGAAUCUUCGAGAUAAGGCGGUGCUGGAGAUCGGUGCUGGAACCGGUCUUGUGUCUAUUGUGGCCAGUUUAUUGGGUGCAUGGGUGACAGCGACCGACCUACCCGAGGUCCUGGCCAACCUGAGAUGUAAUUUAUCUCGAAACACAACAGGCCGUUGCAGAUACACGCCUCAAGCGGCUGAACUCGUCUGGGGUCAUGAGCUCGAGCGGACCUUUCCUCAUUCGGUCUACAGAUAUGAUUAUGUCCUGGCAGCUGAUGUGGUUUAUCUUCACGAUUUCCUAGCAGAAUUAAUGCUCACCAUGAAACAUUUCUGCAAGCCGGGCACGACCCUCAUCUGGGCCAAUAAGACUCGCUUUCAAUCCGACCUGGUGUUCGCUGAGAACUUCAAGAAAACCUUCAACACCAAACUGCUGGAAGAUAACGGAGAGAUAAAGAUUUAUUCUGCCACCAUUAAAGAAGAAAACGUAGAAACGAUAGAAAAGCAGACUGCAGAGAUGAUCAACAUUACAGAGUUAAAUCAUUCAAGAGAAAUCAAACAAGAAUCAAAGACUGAUGGUGUGGAAAUACAGAAAUUACCGAUAGAUCAGACGACUGUAAAAGAAAUGCAGGAGGUGGAAAGAAAUGAAGAAGAUGAGAAGACUGAUGAGAGACAUCGAGAGGAAAACCUGAACUUCACAGAUGAUGAAGAAACAAAGAGAAACUCAACAGAAAAUGACAAACAGCAGACUCAUCUGAGAUUAUGGGUACCUACUGUUUACUUCAUACCAGGAAAAGAAAUCCAUUAUUUCUUAGGUCAGAAGAUCAAAAUCCUGGAGUCCAUUGAUUCUUAUGGUGCUACGAUCUGGCCAGCGGCGGUCACACUCUGUAGAUUCUUGGAAACAGCUGAAGGUCAACAACAAAUCAAUUUAUGUGAUAAAUCUGUUCUUGAACUGGGAGCUGGAACUGGUCUUCUUUCAGUCGUAAUCACGCUGUUGGGUGCCAAACUUACAGCCACAGAUUUACCGGAGAUUCUCAGUAAUCUGACAUCCAACCUGAACUGGAACACCCGAGGCCAUCGGAGACACGAGCCCCUGGUAACUCAACUCUUUUGGGGUCACAAGUUAGAGGAGACCUUCCCCAGAUCCACACAUCAUUAUGAUUACGUCAUAGCCACCGAUGUGGUUUAUCAUCACGACUACCUGACUGAACUUCUCAUCACCAUGCGUCACUUCUGUCAGCCGGGAACCACGCUGGUCUGGGCAAAUAAGAUUCGAUACGCCACCGAUCUGGGCUUCCUAGACAACUUUCAGAAAUGUUUUAAUAGUAGACUGCUUGUAGAGAUGGAUGAUGUGAGGAUUUAUGUGGCCACCAGCAGGGAAACAGAAGAGGAGAAGAACAUGGAGUAAUAAAUGUGAUAUUUAGGAAGAAGAUCCACCUGCUGAGAUAUAACAGCAAAUAUUACUGAGAGAGCUGGAGCAGAUUUACUCGCUCACCACACCACCAGAAGAUCUGACCAUGAACAUGAAGAAACAGAAUUCAGUGAGAACAUACAAGGACACUGAAACAAUAAUGAAGAUGAAGAAACUGAAACUAGACAUGAUAAUGAAUGCAAAAAUAGACUUAUAGACAAACAAACUGAUAAAAUUGGGACAAAGGGAAACAUAUGCAGAGAGAAAACAUUCUGUAGAUUAUAAUCUUUAGAGUUUAUUUAGUAGUUUAGGACAACAUUUGUCACCUACACAAUAAACAGAAGAGAAUAAAAAGUAAAGACAUUGAUGAACACGAGCACAUUACAGACUCUGAACCUGAAACAGAUCUUCUCUCGUGAUGGUCCAGCAGUUCUGCCAGUCUGACUCGGUGUAUUUCAGUGAUGAGGCUGAGGGUGGCACUGCCCACUUAGAUUGACGGCUGGUCCACUCAAUCAGAAGACAUAAAAUAUUUUUGUGGAAAAGCAGCAGAAAUCACGUAUGCAUUAUAAUAAUCUCUUUAAUAAUAAAAUAACGAUUUAUAUAGAUAGUUUAUGAUUUGAGUUUAUAAACCUUACAAAUGUUAACAUUCAAGCCAAUUUACGUUUCAAAAAGCACACAAACACAGAAUCUCCCUGCGCUUGACAGGACACAAACACGCAAAAUUGUCUCAAAAUAUCACAGUCUUGGCAAGUAUUUUUAUAAAACAGUCAGUUAUGUCUUAAAGUGAACACAAACAGUUCAGAAAGAAAUCAGAUGUGUGUGUCAGUAAACGGAUUCGUGCUUAUCAGAUCUUAAAGUGGCAGAACCUGAUUGCCCUGAAAAGAAGUCUGUUUGUGUCAUUAUGUUAAUCAAACAACAGAAGAAAAAAGGAAAAUCACUUCAAUAGCUUUAAAAAGAUGAAUUAGAUUUCAUUUAUAGAAUGAAGACGACAGUGUUAUUAUUCAUUUGAUUGUAUUUCUGUUCAUAAAUACUACUGUUAUACUUUA